CCUGGCCAGAGGGCAAUGCGGCGGGGGAAACGGGGCAGGCCCCACCUCCUUUGUCCGCCUUGCCCUCCUAUUGGCCAGAGCCGGGGGUCGGGGGCGGAGCCAGGGCCGGGGCCGGCAAGUAGCGGGCCGGGGGCAGGGCGGGCGGGCGCGCGGGAGUCGAAGGCUGUUCGGCCUCGGCGGAGCCGGUGCGCGAGGCUGCGGGUGUGCUUGAGCGGCUUGCCCCGGGCCCGCCGCUGCCAUGGACGGUCUGCGCCAGCGCUUCGAGCGGUUUCUAGAGCAGAAGAACGUUGCCACCGAAGCGCUCGGAGCGCUCGAAGCCAGGACCGGUGUAGAGAAGCGGUAUCUGGCCGCGGGGGCUCUCGCGCUGCUAAGCCUGUAUCUUCUGUUCGGCUACGGGGCCUCUCUACUGUGCAAUGUCAUCGGAUUUGUAUACCCCGCAUAUGCUUCAGUCAAAGCUAUCGAGAGCCCAGCCAAGGAAGACGAUACUGUGUGGCUAACCUACUGGGUGGUGUACGCCCUGUUCGGCCUGAUCGAGUUCUUCAGCGAUCUACUCCUGUUCUGGUUCCCUUUCUACUACGCGGGCAAGUGCGCCUUCCUGUUAUUCUGCAUGACUCCGGGACCCUGGAAUGGGGCUCUAAUACUGUACCAUCGCGUCAUACGACCACUAUUUCUAAAACACCAUGUGGCCCUAGACAGCGCGGUGAACAAUCUCAGCGGAAGGGCGUUGGACAUAGCGGCUGGGAUAACCCGGGACGCCAAGUCAGGUCAGAGUCUGCUCCUGAAGCACAAGUGAGAUCCCCUGGGAGCCUGUGCACAGAGCCCCUGGCCAGUGACAAAGAGCACACAGUUGAGGCCCAGCUCUCUGACUCCUCAGACUCCCAGACAGAGACCGAACAGCAACGCCGACCCUCGAGCCCAAUCAAGCCAACAGCAAGCCCAUCGAGGGCCAUGAAUGGGCAGUCCCCAUCUCCAGUCAGCCCAGGUUCUGCAUCUGCGUCCCGGGGUCAGCUGGCCACAGGCUCUGUUAGUGGCUCCCAGAUUCCCAGUAAGGCCCGGGGCCAUCGCAGCAGAGGCAGUAUGUCUUCCAGGCCUGCACAGCGUACCCGGCUACCCAGUACGUCCUUAGGGCCCUCUCAACCGGCCAUGCGCUCUGGGGGGUCUUCACAGCCAGCAGGCCGGUCCUCAGGACCUACUCGGACAGCGGGCCGGCACCUGGGAAACAACCAGCAGACCCCUCAGGCCUCGGCAUCAGCCCAGCCUGCUGGCCGGUCGACAGCAGCUGCAUCUGCACCCACCUCCACACAGCGCAUCAGCGUCUCCAACCAGGGCUCGCCGAGAGCCCAGUCACCCAGCACACCCCCUGAUCCUAACCAGGCUGGCAGCAAGCCCCCCAGCGAGCCAGGGGAAGAGGGUUCCAAGAACAACAAGCAGGACCCGAAGGCGCAGACCACAGAGGUGGCAGAGCUGCCCGAGCCCGAGCCCGAGCCCGAGCGCCUAGCCCCCUGUCACUCUGAGUCCUCUCUGGAGUACAUAUCCGAGUCCACCACGGAGAUCACCUGCAAAUGGCCCAGUUACCAGCUGCGCUGCCCGAGACACUGCUGGCUUUUACAACACCUGGCAUACUAGGGCCACGCCUGGACACCUGCUCACUGGAGCCACUGGAGCACCGUGAGAGUCACACCAAACAUCUGCCCUUGAGAGCCACAGAAGAGAACUGCCCACCUACACACCAAAGUCAGACAUCUGCCACAGCACCAAGUCAAACACCCACUUGCUGGGCCCCCACAUGUUCAACCUGCCCAUGAAUUCCACAGGAGCCCCACAUGAGCCCAUCAAACAUCUGUCAGGGUGCACAUGAAACACCACCUGGGGUCCCUGUGUACCAUCUAUCCUCCGAAGCACGCAAUAAAAUCACCGGCUCAGGCUCA